AUGGCAAUGAAUGCCCAAAAAAAAGUUAAUGAUAAAAAAGGUAUCGCACAACGAAAUGAUACUUUAAGGGAAGAAGCCAUAAAAAAUAUGGUUAAACGUCCCGAUUAUGGUAAAUCCGGACGUCAGAUUCAGAUCGCGAAUAAACCAUACCUCGAGAAAUAUGAAAUCACGAUGAAAUUGGUAGUACAAUCAAGAUCCGACGGUGAAGGCGCUCAUAGACGACGAGCCCAAAGACAACCGAAACUUCCGGUCCAAGUACAACGUACUGUAUUUCAACAACUAGAAAAGCAACAGCGUAACGGGUGGUUCAAAGGAAUUGGAGUUGUAUUUGAUGGCAGCUCGACUAUUUAUUCCACAGACCUAUUAAAUUUAAAAUCUGAUACCGGGAACACAACGGUUACAUUAAAAGAUGACCAAGAUUUCACAGGAAAUUGUGUGAAAUAUAAUGUAGAAGUUCACAAACUUGAUCGUGUUGAUUUAGAAGAAUUAAGAAAAUGCCUGGAAGGAAAAGAGAUGAAGUGGGAAUAUUUUGAUUUGGCUGGUAUUAAAGGUCUUAACGCUCUGAUCCAUCACAUUCCAUCUAUGAAAUAUACUCAAUUUGGUGAAUCUACUUAUUUACCUUCUACUCGAGAAUCUUUGGGAGGAGGUGUAGAAUUAUGGAUGGGAUGGUUUGAAAGUGUUAGACCUGGACAAGACAGUUAUUUUGUAAAUGUGAACACCACCUAUACUGUCUUUUACGAGCCAGGGAUUCUUUCUCAAUUAAUCGCUAAAUAUCUAGGUUUAAGAAGUGAUUGCAUUCCGGAUCGUUUUCCACAAGUUCAACGUGAUAAAAUUACCGAUCUCAUAAGAGGACUACAAUUUAAGCCGCUUCAUCGUCCUCAAGUAAAUACAAGGCUUAAAAUUAAAAGACUUUAUCCAAGUAACGCUUUCCAAGAAACAUGCGAUAUACCAGAAACUGGUGAAAGAUUAGAUAUUUAUUCGUAUUUUCAACGUCGGUAUGAUAUAACUCUUAAAUAUUCACAUCUUGUUGAGCUUGAAGGUCGAAGGAAUGACAAAAUUCCAAUUGAACUCUGUAACAUUAUUGAGGGUCAAAGGUUUCCUGUAGUAAAAUUGACAAGCGCACAGAGAGGGUCAAUGAUAAAAUAUACGGCUUUGCGUCCCGAAGAAAAUGUCGAGCGCAUUAAAGAAGGUGUUCAAAAAGUUUUGCAAUUCGAAAACGAUUUUAAAUUGCAUAGUUUUGGGAUGAACAUUGACGAAAAAAUGGCUGAAGUUCCAGGCAUGCAUAAUAAUGGAUUUGCUGGUGGGACUGUCAAACCCCGUGAAGGUGGCUGGAACCUUCGUGAUAGAAAAUUUGUUAGAAGUGGGGAGGCACUGCAAUAUUGGAUAGUUGUAGCUUUUGUCCAACAACAAAAACUAAGGCUUAAAGAUGCUGAAAAAUUUGUACAAGAACUUGUUGAUACCAGUAAAAGUCAAGGAAUGGAUAUUGUGGAAAAUAAACCGAGAGUUGUGUAUUUAAGGCCUACUGGUGAUCCACCUACAUACCAUCGUGUAGUUGAGCAAGAGUAUAAUAAGGCUCGAAAAUAUUUAAAGAAUGACCUCCAAUUGAUGUUGUUUAUUCUUCCGGACGAUGACGAAAAACGGUAUCGGGCAAUAAAAUAUACCACCGAUACGGUUCUUGGUGUUCCUUCACAAUGUGUUCAACUUGCAAAGGUUCUUAAAUCUAACGAAAAAACAAGAUCUGCAAUGAAACAAUAUUGCGCAAAUAUUGCACUCAAAAUAAAUUUAAAACUUGGAGGAACAAAUCAAUCUCUCGAGGAAACGGAAAUACCCCUUUUUACACAAGAGCCAGUAAUCCUACUUGGUGCUGAUGUUACUCAUCCUACUGGAGGUCAAGCUGGUCCUUCAAGUGGACGAUUUAUUCCUAAACUUGAAAGUCAGAAAACUAGACAAGAAAAGAUCGAAAACAUGGGUGGUAUGGUAUUAGAAAUUUUGAAGGAUUACCGAACUAAGAAUAAUAUUUUACCCAGAAGAAUUAUAAUGUAUCGUGAUGGGGUUUCGGAAAGUCAAUUUGAGAUGGUUUUGACUCAUGAACUAGAACAAAUAAAAGGUUGGGCGUGUAAAAAGAUCGAAGACAAUUAUAAGCCUCCAAUUACUUUUGUUAUAGUUGGUAAACGACAUCACACGAGGUUUUAUCCACAAAGUAAACGUGAUGCUGACAGCAAAGGAAAUUGUUUGGCUGGUACUGUCGUUGAUCGAAAAAUAACGCAUCCUUACUUGUUUGAUUUCUAUCAUGUUCUUUUCGAUGAGAAUCAUUUUACUUCUGAUACAUUACAGAAUUUGACACAUAAACUUUGCUAUAAUUAUCAACGAGCGACACGGUCUGUCUCAAUCUCUCCAGCCGCAUAUUAUGCACAUCUGGCGGCUAAAAGAGCAAGGUUACAUUUGGAACAACAGCCACGUGGGGAGACCGAAUUUGUGUUAAAAGAAGUUAAAGAAAGUCUAGCAAAAGAUAAUACUAUGUAUUUCAUUUAA